UAAUGUAACUCUAAGACGAGACUUCCAACAUCAUUAUACAAAUUCAAGAAGAAUGCAAAAUUGUUAUUGAUUUCACUUAAUUAAGGAGAGAGCAUUACAAUGUAUUAUCAAAACAAGAAAAAGAUCAAGCUGUAUAAAUGCUAGGACCAAAUCCUUUGUUUGAUGAUUUUAAAAGGGUAAGUUAGACAGUGGGAACAACUAUAAAAAAUCUUAAAAGAUGGUUACAAUGUGGUACAGAAAGAAAAAAAGGCUGUGGUAGAAAAAAGCUUAAUCCCUAUGCUGAAAAGUAGUUGAUUGAAUGGGUUAUAGAGAAGGUUCAAUAAACAGGUAAAAAGAUCUCAAGAUAAGAAUUGAGAUGUAAGGCAUUAGAAUUAUUCAAAAAUAAUGAUUUUUGUGCAUCCAAAGGAUUUCUAGAUAAAUUUGUGAAAUCCUAUUAAUUAAAGCAUAGGAUGAAAGAGUAAUUAUUUUUAAAUAAGUAUAGAAUAUUAUAAAGUAUUGGGAAAUUAAAUACAAAGAUAUCCUCUAAAAAAUAAAAAUAGAUAUAUACCAAAAUAGAAGAAGAAUUAUAGGCAGAAACUGUAAAGAAAGAAGAAAUAGAUAUAAAAAUAGAAAAUCUUACCAUAGAACCCAAUAAAAGCUGUUCAGCAUUUUAAAUUUAAUGA